AUGGGUCGCCUUUGUGGCCUGCGGCUGCGUGGGUUAUUUAUUGAUGGCUGUGGCUGUAGCCUUUGGUCAUGGUUUGAUGAAAUACACCGCGAGUCGCAACUGUUGACAUGGAAUUUGGUGAAGUCAAACAGAUCUGGCCCGAAAGUAAGAAGCGGCCAGCCCAGCAAGCCCAAACCACCAAGGCUCCAGACACAGACCAGACUUGACCCAACACACAGUCGCAAUGCAGACUGGACUGGACCAGGUUCGUGGAGACCUCUCAAAGUACCUCUACCGCACCACCAUCAUCAGCUCGUCAUGCUCAGUACAGAGUACCUUGCUGCACAUCCACGACAUGGUGCUUUUUCUUGUACUCACCAUGUUUAG